AUGCAUCCUUACUCAGAAGUCACCAAGAAAGGAGAGAACAAGAAAAGGAAAGAGCAUAUUCCACAUAGUAAGCGACCCAAUGAAUAUGUUGUUAAAAGAAACAGACGAGAGCGAGAAAGGGUGGAUAAUGUGAAUCAAGCUUUUGUAAAUCUCAGAGAUCAUUUACCAUUUAGGAAGAACGAUAAUCGAAUGUCUAAAAUAUCAAUAUUAAAAUCAGCAAGUGAAUAUAUUCAAAGUUUAUCGGGUGUUAUUAGGACUCACGACUUGAUCAAAUCUGAGAAAUCGACACCACAUUUACAAAAUAGACUGUUAUUAGAUGAUUAUAAUCUGAAAACUGCAACAUUAUCAUCUUAUCAGGCUCAUCCUCUAGAAGAUUAUAAGAUGAAUACUAAUAUAACAUGUGAGAACCAGCCUCAUGAAGUUCAGGAACUAAUGGUUUUAACGUGGAUCCAUAACCAACUAUUGAAUAUCUAG